GAACGAAUCGUUCAAGAACGACCCAACCCCUCACUCGAGUAAUUGUCAGUGAAAAUCCCUGAAGUAAACACCCAAGAGACCCAACAGGGAAUAAAAGUUUUAUAACACGCAGAAAAUGUCGUUCAUCCCCGGCCAGCCUGUCUCAACGGUUGUGCAACGGAUUGAGAUUCACAAACUACAGGAUGGUGAUAAUGUAAUAUUAGGAUUCAGCAUUGGAGGGGGAAUCGACCAAGAUCCAAGCCAGAAUCCGUUUUCCGAAGACAAGACAGACAAGGGAAUCUAUGUCACACGCGUAUCUAAAGGUGGACCUGCAGAGGUGGCUGGUCUCAGGAUGGGAGACAGAAUCAUGCAGGUGAGCGAUCCGAACCGGUCAACCAUAUUAUAA